UUAUUGUUUUUGUGUGUUCAUGUGCACAUGACUGUUUAGGCCAUGAUGGGUGUAUUGUCCCCUUCUUGAAGUGACAUGGCACCUCAUAAGGGCCUAUAUAAAAUCCUAACUUCCCUUGCUCAUACAAUCAAUUCAUCUUAAGCCUUUUUCUCUAGCUAUUCUCUAUUCCUCUCUAUUAUUUGUUCAUCCUUUUUCUCCUCUUCUUCAAAGUCAUAAACAAAGUAUACCACUUUAAAUAUUUGUACCAAAAUGGCUUCCCAAGUUUGUGAAACUUUGGCUUAUGAUGUAGAAAUCAAGGGUGAUCUUCUCAUGUCACUAAUGGAAGAGUUACCAUGUGAUGAGAGUAAUGAUGAAAGAUUGGAUAGUUUAAUAAGAUCAUUUGAGGCUGAAAUAAGUGAAAGCAAGAUGGGUGGUCAUGAUAAUUCAACAUGCAUAGGAUCACAAUUGAAGAUCAAUUUUGAAGAAUAUUAUGAUGAAUCAUGGCACCUAGGACAUGUGGUGGAGGAGGGAUAUGACUUUGGGGUGGAAUGGGUGGAUAUGGAUUUGAUGCCAUCCUUCCAAUUUGAUGAUGGAAAUUGGGAGGCUAUAGACUCUUUUGAAGAUGAGAAAGAUGUGAUGCUUGAUCAUUUAAUGGUUUGUGAUGAUGGGUUUGAGAUAGAAGAACAUGCUUACAAUUCCUUUUGGCAAGAUAAUUAUGAGAUUGGGUUGGUGCAUUAAUUUGUAAAAUCCUAUGUAUAGACUAUAGUCAUGUUUUGUAAUUAAUUGUCAAACUUUUGUUUUUGCUAUAUCUAAUUGGGCUGAGAUUAUAUUCUAAAAAAGUUUAUAAAUUUGGAAAUCAA